GUUUGUCCCGAAUACGAUACAGUGAAUAAGACACGAUGUUACAAGCUAGUGUGUCGGUGCUCCUUACAGGAUGUCUUGCUAUAGCUACGUCACAAGGGCCUCCGGGCUUCAACCUGCCGGCUAUCAUGCACGUCGAAAGGAACUGGUACGUCAUGCCGACGGAGCCACUUGGGUCCUUCGUCACCAAGGUGUACCGGGAAGGGACCGGCGGGGGACCAGUGACAUAUGGGCUUGAGACCACGGGACCACCGGCCCCGUUUAGGAUAGACCCGCAUACCGGCGUAGUAACAGUCAACGAUACGCUUGUUGAUAAGGAGAACCGAUCCUAUUCGCUCUGGGUGACAGCAUACGACGGCUCAAUACCACAGAAGACGGAAGUCUACGCGACAGUCUCCGACAAAACCGGCCAGAGACCGAAGCUACCUCGCCCCCUCCCCCUCCCAUUCCCCGGCUACCAAGACAUACAACUACAACCAAAGUUCCCAAGGACAACACAAAGCACAACCAAAGCAACGCUAAAUUUUCACGUACCUGAAGUAACAACACUAUCUACUCUAAGUCCACCUCACCCUCCGGAUGACUUUCCUGGAGGUAUGAGCAUCGUCCAGAAUGAUGAUAAGAAUACCAGUACAGAACUUCCAAAUAAAAAUCUGACUAACAAUGACAUGCCUCUGACAGUGAUACCGCUGAUCGCAAUCGGUGGACUUGUGGUGAUAGUCGCCGCUGUUAUACUCUUCGUGUGUCGGAAGAAUAACGCACAGAAGAAGGACAGCAAGAAAGAUGAUAUGAGUAAAGACUCAAGUGGGAUUGUCCUACAAGAUGCGUCUUUUAAUAAUAUGUGGGAGCACCCCAGAGCGUACUCCAAUAGAUACGAGUCUUGGGAUAACAACCACUUACAGUUAUCCGAGGAGACGUCGAUAUCAAAGGAAGAGCAGCCUCCUGACAAGUGGGAGUUUCCUCGUCACAAACUGAGGAUCUUCAAUAUAGUUGGAGAAGGUGCCUUCGGUCAGGUCUGGCGGGCACAGGCGCUUGAUAUCGCUGGUAAGAAAGGCGAACAAACGGUUGCAGUGAAGACUCUCAAAGAGAACGCUUCAGAAAAAGAAAAAAUAGAUUUACUGCAAGAACUGAUAGUGAUGAAGAAUUUAGGUUAUCAUCCAAAUGUCGUCCAGCUGAUUGGCUGUUGUACUGAAAAAGAACCCACCUUAGUGAUAAUGGAAUUCGUGAGCUUGGGGAAGCUGCAGCAGUUUCUCCGAGACUCCAGGGCUGAGCGGCACUACGGCAAUACUCAUGGAAGCCAGUUCCUGACGUCACAGGACCUCACGAAGUUCGCUUUCCAAGUUGCGAGAGGAAUGGACUUCCUUAGCCUGCAAGGGAUAAUCCAUCGAGACUUAGCGGCGCGAAACGUGCUCAUAACCGAAGACAGGGUGUGUAAAGUUGCAGACUUCGGCUUUGCCAGAGAUGUAGCCGAUACUCACGUAUACGAGAGGAAGAGCGACGGGCGACUGCCAAUCAGAUGGAUGGCCCCAGAAUCUUUGUACGACAACAUAUUUAGUGUUAAGUCUGAUAUCUGGAGUUUUGGUAUUCUGCUGUGGGAGAUUGUCACCCUUGGCUCUACACCCUACCCUGGACUAUCCGCUAAUGACGUCAUGAAAAAGGUCAUAGAAGGAUACCGUCUUGAAAAACCUGAACAUUGUCAUCGGGAGCUCUACAACAUAAUGUAUUACUGUUGGGAAGCGGAACCAAAGGAUAGGCCAGACUUCGCUGAUAUAGUUGCUAGACUAGAACCCUUAAUAAACAAAGACAUGGACUACAUACAGCUAGAAAGGUUUCCAGAUCAUUCUUAUUAUAACUUACAACAUUUAGAUGGAGAGAAACUAUAAAUGGAAAAUAAAACAACAAUGGAUGCCUUAAAAUAUGAUGACAAAAACAAAUUGGCAACAAACUAGGAAUCAUAUUUAUUUAUUAAAACAACUGUUGCUGAUAGUAACGUAUUUAUUGAAGCCAAUACAAAUGUCUUAACAGAAACCCCAUUUUAAUUAAACUAAAUAUAAUAAUUAUGUGCUUUAUUUAGACUAUGAGAUCUUGUAUUAUAAUCAUUAAUGGUAUCGGUAAUUUUGUAUAUAUCAUUUGCAUUUGCUUUAACAGCAUCCAUCUGGUAAGAGAAACUAAUAGCUUGCAUAGGUUAAAAAAUUGUGAAACAAAUUUUGAACUUAUUAAAUAAGUGUAAGUGGAGUGUUAUUAAUGAAAUCGACACUAAUUCAAAAUUAUUAAAAGAUUGAGAUUGAAAUACGAUAAAUGAUUGCAAUAAUAUUCUUAAGUAGUUUUUAUCUUCACAUAGACUAGUCUUUAGAAUAUUACUGUUGUAAUUAGUAGGUAUUCAUUAGUUUUAACAGUUAAUAUUUCGAUUUAAUGUACAGUAUAUUUAAGCCCAUCUUUACACUUAAGAAACAUACAAUUUGUAAUAAAUGUUUUGUUGUAA